GGCCUCCGCUCUGCUGCUCUUCCCCUUUUCUCGCCUCCUCGUAUCCCCCCGGGGCACAAAGUUCUUGCGAUUUCCCCAGAUCCAAGACCUGCGUCCUCUUCGCACUUCUAGCCACCAUGGAUCGCACCAUCGCGCGUGCGGUGACGGAAAAAAAGCCGGUCCCGGAGAUCGACUUUACGUUACAUGUUAUGGAAGAUGGCACUCAGGUGUCCACCCAGGAGCGAGUGAUCAAAGAGGUGCAAGCGCCGGCGUUGAACACCCCGCCGGACGACCUGUUCUGGUCUCGUGAAGACCCUUCCAAGCCCAACCUCCAGUUCCUCAAGCAGCACUUCUACCGCGAAGGCCGCCUCACCGAAGAUCAGGCGCUAUGGAUCAUACAGGCCGGUACCCAGCUGCUCAGGGCCGAGCCCAACCUGCUGGAGAUGGAUGCGCCCAUCACCGUGUGUGGCGAUGUUCACGGACAAUAUUACGAUCUAAUGAAGCUCUUCGAAGUCGGUGGAGACCCCUCCGAGACCCGGUAUCUGUUCCUCGGCGACUAUGUGGAUAGAGGUUAUUUCAGUAUUGAGUGUGUCCUGUAUCUCUGGGCUCUGAAGAUCUGGUAUCCGAAUACCCUCUGGUUGCUGCGGGGUAACCACGAAUGUAGACACUUGACGGAUUACUUCACCUUUAAGCUGGAGUGCAAACACAAGUACAGCGAGCGCAUCUAUGAGGCAUGCAUCGAAUCUUUCUGCUCGUUGCCGCUGGCGGCGGUCAUGAACAAGCAAUUCCUCUGUAUCCACGGAGGUCUCAGCCCGGAGCUGCACACUUUGGAAGACAUCAAGGCGAUUGAUCGCUUUAGGGAGCCCCCCACUCACGGUCUGAUGUGCGACAUCCUUUGGGCCGAUCCUCUGGAGGAGUUUGGACAGGAGAAGACGGGCGAUUACUUCAUUCACAACAGCGUCCGCGGAUGCUCGUAUUUCUUCUCAUAUCCCGCGGCGUGCGCGUUCCUCGAAAAGAACAACCUCCUUUCCAUCAUUCGGGCGCACGAGGCCCAGGAUGCUGGUUACCGCAUGUACCGCAAGACUCGUACGACCGGAUUUCCGAGUGUGAUGACUAUCUUCAGCGCCCCCAACUACUUGGAUGUCUACAACAACAAGGCUGCCGUUUUGAAAUACGAGAAUAACGUGAUGAACAUCCGACAGUUCAACUGCACGCCGCACCCGUACUGGCUCCCGAACUUCAUGGACGUGUUCACCUGGUCCCUCCCCUUCGUGGGUGAGAAGAUCACGGACAUGCUCAUUGCCAUUCUCAACACCUGCUCCAAGGAGGAGCUCGAAGACGAUACCCCCACAUCGGUGUCACCUACGGCACCCCCCUCCCCCCCGGCGCAGAUGGAUGUCGAGACCAGCGAGUUCAAGCGGCGGGCAAUCAAGAACAAGAUUCUUGCCAUUGGACGUCUGUCGCGUGUGUUCCAGGUGUUGCGUGAAGAGUCCGAGAGAGUUACUGAACUCAAGACCGCUGCUGGAGGUCGUCUCCCGGCGGGUACUCUGAUGCUGGGAGCGGAGGGUAUCAAGCAGGCCAUCACCAACUUCGAGGAUGCCCGUAAGGUUGAUUUGCAGAACGAACGUCUGCCCCCGUCGCAGGAGGAGGUGUUCCGGCGGAGCGAGGAAGAUCGACGCAUUGCCCUGGAGCGUGCCCAUCAUGAAGCGGAGAACGAUGCCGGAUUGGCAACCGUGGCUAGACGGAUUAGCAUGUCGGCGGGAUCGGGCAAGACCCGGCGACAAAGGGACGGUGCUCGGGACUCUCGAGAAGCCUGAGCAUGUGGAGGAAGUAGGAGCUCCAUUGAUCCAGCUUCCUUCGAACGGCAUUGCAGAGGUCUGCAGUUCGGGGUGCCAUGCUCCAUGUAUAGAGCGACGGGCGGCCUCUAUACCAGUCGCGAAGAGAUACUGUAUGCAUAAUGGAGUGACAGGAGGCUUUCAUGUAAUUCCUGCACAGCAAUCGACGUCCGUGACGUUCGACAAUGAGUUGAUGAAUCGAUACACCAUGAAUUUGCUGAUAGGUUAAUCUGGAGUAAUUAUCCGCCUUGCAUGAGACUUCAGCAGAACUGACCAACGGACCACCUUGCAAUUGACCAUAAUGCGAACGUACCCUAAUUUGACUCUAAGCAUUAAAUAUCAAAAUAGCAAUCCAGCCCUAC